AUGGAGUUAGCCAAUGGGACUGGAGUACAGGAGUUCAUUUUGCUGGGAUUUGGAGUUGGGCAACGGGAACGGUUCCUUCUCCUCACUUUUUUCAGUAUUCUCUAUGUUUUAACAUUGGCUGAGAAUCUCACCAUCAUCACACUGGUGGUUCUAGACACCCACUUGUCCCGGCUUCCCAUGUACAUCUUGCUGAGCAACUUCUCCUGGCUGGAGAUGUGUUAUGUGACAACCACUGUGCCCCGGAUGCUCUUCGACCUGGCAUCCCCAUAUGGGAUCAUCUCCUUCAAUUCCUGCUUUUUCCAGUUCUAUCUCUUCUUUUCUCUUGGCAACACUGAAUGCUUAUUCCUCUCAGCCAUGGCCUUGGAUCGCUACUUGGCCAUCUGCCACCCUCUGCGCUACACACAAAUCAUGUCCCAAGACUUCUGCUACGUCCUGGUGGCAACUUGUUGGGUUGUUGGUUCCCUGUGGCACAUUCUCCCGGUGGUUUUGAUCUCCAGAUUGUCCUUCUGUGGCCCCAACAUCAUCAACCACUUUUUGUGUGAUCCAGUGCCAAUCUUAUCUCUGGCCUGUCCUCCUCUAGGAAUUGCCUCCAACGUGUACAAGAUUUUUAUGAAUGCUGUUGUUAUAGGAAAUGUCUCUUUUGUUGUGCUGUCUUAUAGCGUGGUGACUUUCACCCUGAUGAAAACCUCAAACCAAGGCAAUCAUAAGAAGGCCUUCUCCACCAUAUCUUUACAUAUAGUGGUGGUGACACUUUUCUAUGGGUCUGUGGCUGAGAUGUACUUAACUCCAGGUGGAGAAAGUCAAUCAGAGGUCACCAAAGCAGUAACCCUCUUCUACACUGCUGUGACACCCUUUCUCAACCCCCUGAUUUAUUGUCUGAGGAAUGAUCAGGUGAAGGAGGCACUGGGCAAGUUGCUGAAGAAAAAGGAGAGGCUGCUGAGGAGCACAGUGUCAAUGUAA